UUUAUGUAUACUGUACAAGACAUGGCAUGGCAUUACAACUCACCCUGCAGUAAUCAUCACGUCCACUACGCCGCCAUGGAGCAACCUGCGUACUACCUCUGCCUCUUAUCGGCUCUCAUCCUCCCCCUCCUGCUCCUCAGCCUGUUCAGCAAGCGCGGCCGCGGCGAUGGCCUGCGUCUGCCGCCCGGGCCAUGGCGGCUUCCGGUCAUCGGCAGCCUGCACCACCUUGCCAGCAGCCCGCUCAUGCACCGCGUCAUGGCUGACCUCGCGCGCCGGCUGGACGCGCCUCUAAUGUACCUCCAGCUCGGCGAGGUCCCCGUGGUGGUGGCCACGUCUCCCCAGGCCGCCCGCGAGAUCAUGCGGACGCACGACACGGUGUUCGCGACUCGGCCGUGGAGCGCCACCGUCAAGAUCAUUGCCGCCGAGGGGCAGGGCCUCGUCUUCGGGCGCUACGGCCCGCUGUAUCGACAGCUCCGCAGGAUCUGCAUCCUGGAGCUGCUCAGCGCGCGCCGCGUGCAGUCGUUCCGCCACAUCAGGGAGGAGGAGGUGGGCCGCCUCGUGGCCACCGUCGUGGCCGCGUCGUCGUCCGGCGAGCCCGUCAACAUCAGCGAGCGGAUCUCCGUGAUGAUCACCGACUCCAUGAUGCGGGCCAUGAUCGGGGACAGGUUCAAGAGAACGGAGGAGUUCAUGGAGACGCUCGAGGUGUCCAUCAAGCUCGUCUCCGGGUUCAACCUCAGUGAUCUCUUCCCGUCGUCGCGGCUCGCCAGCUUCAUCAGCGGCACGGCCAGGUUGGCCGAGGAGAACCACCGCAAGAGCUUCGAGCUCAUGGAGUACGCCAUCAAGCAACACCAGGAGAGGAGGGACCGGGCCACGGUGGAAGGUGAGGACCUGGUCGACGUGCUGCUCAGGAUACAGAAGGAGGGUGGCCUCCAGGUGCCUCUUACCAUGGGAGUUAUCAAAGCAGUUAUACUUGAUCUAUUUAACGGUGGGAGCGAGACAUCAGCAACCACUCUCCAAUGGGCUAUGUCGGAGCUCAUGAGGUACCCAAAUGUGAUGAAGAAAGCACAAGCUGAAGUACGUGCCAAUCUCCAAGGAAAGCCUAAGGUAACCGAAGAUGACUUGGUCAAUCUUAAGUACCUCAAACUCGUCAUAAAGGAGACAAUGAGACUGCAUCCACCCGGCCCAUUGCUUCUCCCAAGAGAGGCCAUGGAGACUUGCAAAAUCCUUGGGUACGAUGUACCCAAGGGGACAACAGUGUUGGUCAAUGCGUGGGCUAUCGGCAGGGACCCUAAAUACUGGAAAGACCCUGAGGAAUUUAAACCAGAGAGGUUUGAGUCUGGCAUCUUAGACUUCAAAGGAACAAACUUUGAGUACAUACCUUUCGGGUCAGGGAGGAGGAUGUGCCCUGGAAUGGCAUUUGCAGAAGUCAACAUGGAGAUCGUGCUUGCUGCACUUCUAUACCGCUUCGACUGGGAGAUCCCGGGGGGGCGGAAGCCGGAUGAGCUGGACAUGUCAGAAAAGAUGGGCAUCGCCGUCGGGCGGAAGAACGCCCUAUACCUACAUGCCAGGGUUAGUGUGCCCCUGGUUUGAUUUGCACUUGUGUUUUAUUCAUAUGUGAUCCGAUCCAAUCAUGAAUUUCUUAUGUACCAUUGCUCUUCAUGUGCAUUUCUCAAAUACGAUGACAAUAAAGAAGUACUCAAUAUAUAUAUCAUCAGUAACAUCAUCACCAGGUAAGUAUUGAGUUA